AUGGCGGGCCUGCGCCUCAUCCUGCUCUGCUCCAUGCUGGCCGGCCUCCUGGGACUCUCCAGAAGCCUGUUCAUUAACCGGGAAUGGGCCAACAAUGUCCUGGUGAGGACUCGCAGGGCAAACUCCCUUUUUGAAGAGAUGAAGAAAGGCAACCUGGAGAGGGAAUGUGUGGAGGAGACAUGCUCCUACGAGGAGGCCCGAGAGGUCUUCGAGGACACGGACAAGACGAAUGAAUUCUGGAACAAAUAUAUAGAUGGUGACCAGUGUGAGAGCAGUCCUUGCCAGAACCAGGGCUCCUGUCGAGACGGUGUGGGAGAAUACACGUGUACCUGCGAGGAAGGCUACGAGGGCAAAAACUGCGAGUUCUUCACGAGGAAGCUCUGCAGCCUGGACAAUGGGGACUGCGAACAGUUCUGCCAAGAGUCCCAGAACUCGGUGGUGUGCUCCUGUGCCCAGGGGUACGUCCUGGGGGACAACGGCAAGGCCUGCAUCUCCACAGAGCUAUACCCUUGUGGGAAAAUUACUCUGGGACGCCGAGGCAAGAGGUCAGUGCUCCAGGCCACCAACAACAGUGAGGACAUCUUCAAUGUCCUGAACUGGACGGCGCUGUACGACUCGCUCCCCACGGAGGACCCAGCUAACCUGCUUGACCUCAACAACACCAGCCCGGAAAAGGACAGGAGGAACCUGGGCCGGAUCGUGGGUGGCCGGGACUGUGAGGCCGGCGAGUGCCCCUGGCAGGCUCUCCUCAUCAAUGAAGAGAACGAGGGGUUCUGCGGUGGCACCAUCCUGAACCAGUUCCACAUUCUGACAGCUGCCCACUGUCUCCACCAGGCCAAGAGGUUCAAGGGGACCGGAACACGGAGCAGGAGGAGGGGAAUGAGGCGGUACACGAGGUGGAGGUGAUCGUAAAGCACAACAAGUUUGUGAAGGAGACCUACGACUUCGACAUCGCAGUCCUCAGGCUGAAGACGCCCAUUGUGUUCCGCA